GUUAACUGCAGAGUCGCAAUAAUAACAAAACCGCGCCGUCUCUCAGCCUUUCUUUCCCUCUAAUUGCUAAAACCUCUGUCUACCCACCCACCUGCCAACAAUCGGCCAUCGGUCUCUUGCAAUUGCUAGUGAUUCCCUUCUAGGGGAUAGAAAUGGCCGGGAAAUCAAACAAAGGGAAGAAUAGGAAGGCAGUUCAAAAUCUGACCACUGCCAGUUCGUCAGAGCAAGCAGCACCUUCUGAUGCUCCGGUGAAUGAUACUGCAACGCAUGCGGAGGCUAAUGGAACAACAGGUGUGACUCCACCAACUGAUACAAAGACGGAGGCAACAGAGUCUGGAAAUGGGACCUCUGGACACGAGGCAAAGCAAGGUGAACGUGGUGACAUCCAUCUCUAUCCUGUUACUGUUAAAACCCAAGGAGGGGAUAAGCUAGAGCUACAAUUGAGUCCUGGGGAUUCUGUUAUGGAUGUGCGGCAGUUUCUUCUUGAUGCUCCAGAGACAUGCUUCGUUACAUGCUAUGAUCUAUUGCUGCAUAUAAAGGAUGGUUCUGUUCAUCAUCUGGAAGAUUAUAAUGAAAUCUCCGAAGUAGCUGAUAUCACCACAGGAGACUGCUUCCUGGAGAUGGUGCCAGCACUGUACGAUGAUCGAUCCAUAAGAGCUCAUGUUCACCGUACUCGAGAAUUGCUCUCUCUUUCCACAUUGCAUUCCUCACUAUCAACAUCACUUGCACUGCAGCAUGAAAUGGGAAGUAACAACGAGAAAUCUGGAGAGCCUAUGAAAGCCGAUGUACCUGAACUUGAAAACUUGGGUUUUGUGGAGGAUGUUUCUGGUUCAGUCUCUAGCUUGUUGGCAGCACCUUCAAAGGAAACUAAAUGUGUUGAGAGCAUUGUGUUCUCUUCGUUUAAUCCUCCUCCUAGCUACAGAAGGCUUUCUGGAGACUUGAUUUAUUUGGAUGUAGUAACACUAGAAGGAAAUAAGUAUUGUGUUACUGGAACAACCAAAACAUUUUAUGUUAAUUCCAGCACUGUUCAAUCUAUGCUACCACCAAAUUCGUGGCUUGGGUCAUAUCCUAUCCCUGAUCACAAACGUGAUGCAGCACGGGCAGAGAAUGCACUUACACUUUCUUUUGGAAGUGAGCUGAUUGGCAUGCAAAGGGAUUGGAAUGAAGAGUUACAAUCUUGUCGGGAAUUCCCCCAUACAAACCCCCAGGAAAGGAUACUGCGAGAUAGGGCCCUUUACAAGGUCAGUUCGGACUUUGUAGAUGCUGCGAUUAGUGGUGCUAUUGGAGUGAUCAACCGGUGUAUCCCCCCAAUUAAUCCAACUGAUCCAGAGUGCUUUCAUAUGUACGUUCACAAUAAUAUAUUCUUCAGCUUUGCUGUUGAUGCGGAUCUCGAGCAACUGCCCCGAAAGCAGGGAGCUGAUUCUAAAGUUGAGGGCACAGGCUUAUUACAUUGUUUGUCGGAGAAGACCUCCAACAAUUUGUCACAGGGCGCCUCUGAAGUCUCUAAUGGAGAUGAGCAUGGCGACUCAGUUGUAGAAGCUGUAAACAUCAACUUGGAUUGUCCUCCUGGAGUGCCUGGUGAAACUCAGUUGGCAGAAAGUGAGCAAGCCACUUAUGCAAGUGCAAAUAAUGACUUGAAAGGCACAAAAUCAUAUCAGGAAGCUGAUGUCCCUGGAUUAUACAACCUUGCUAUGGCGAUAAUUGAUUAUAGAGGUCAUAGAGUGGUGGCUCAGAGUGUUUUACCUGGUAUCCUUCAAGGUGACAAAUCAGAUUCCCUCUUAUACGGGUCUGUUGAUAAUGGCAAGAAAAUCUGCUGGAGUGACGAGUUCCAUUCCAAGGUGCUAGAAGCUGCAAAACGUCUGCACUUGAAGGAACACACUGUCCUUGAUGGAUCUGGAAAUGAAUUCAAAUUAGCCGCACCAGUGGAAUGCAAGGGCAUUGUUGGUAGCGAUGACAGGCAUUAUCUGUUGGACUUGAUGAGAGUCACUCCUCGUGAUGCAAAUUAUAGUGGUCCAGGUUCCAGAUUUUGUAUUUUGCGACCUGAAUUGAUAACUGCGUUUUGCCAAGCUGAAGUUGCUGAGAGGUCAAAAUCGAAGUGCGAGUCAGAGGGGGAGGUACCAGUGGCCUCUGAUUCUUCAACAGUAAAUAACACUGAAGAAUUACAAACAACCGAUGGUGUUGCCCCAGCUGAAGUCGACAGCAAUAAGGGAGAAAAAAGUGUGAAGGAUGCUGGUAACAAUUGCUGUUCUCACUCGGGAAGAACGGAUACUGAGGAUAUACUUUUCAAUCCUAACGUCUUUACAGAUUUUAAGUUGGCAGGGAGUGAAGAGGAGAUAGUUGCUGACCAAGAACUUGUGAAGAAAGUGAGUUUGUAUCUGAAAGACACUGUGCUUCCGAAGUUUAUUCAAGAUCUCUGCACACUUGAAGUUUCACCCAUGGAUGGGCAAACUUUAACUGAGGCACUCCAUGCGCAUGGAAUUAAUUUGCGCUAUCUGGGAAAAGUGGCUGAGGGGACCAGGAACUUGCCUCAUUUAUGGGAUCUUUGUUCCAAUGAGAUUGUUGUCAGAUGUGCGAAGCACAUUCUCAAGGAUGUGCUGAGGGAUGCUGAGGACCAUGAUCUUGCAAACACAAUCUCACAUUUUUGCAACUGUUUGUUAGGAAAUAUUCAAACUGUAUCUAAUAAAGGUGGCUCCAACAGUGCACUUUCUAAAAACCAAAAGAAGGACCACAUCAGCAACCAGCAAAAGUCGUCCAAACAAGGAAAGCGAAAAAAUGUAGUAUCUGCCAAGAAGAAGCUGUCCUCCUAUUUGAAUAUUACCUCUGAUAGUUUGUGGUCUGACAUCCAGGAAUUUGCGAAGCUAAAGUAUCAGUUCGAGUUGCCUGAGGAUGCAAAAAUGCUCGUAAAGAAAAUUCCAGUUGUACGCAAUCUUUGUCAGAAGGUAGGUGCGACCGUUGCAGCUCGUAAAUAUGACCUUGUCUCUGCUGCACCUUUUCAAGCAUCAGAUAUUAUGAAUCUCCAACCAGUGGUGAAGCAUUCUAUCCCAGUUAGUUCAGAAGCUAAGGACCUUGUAGAAACAGGGAAGGCUCAAUUAGCUGAGGGUUUGCUUAGUGAGGCGUACACUUUAUUUUCUGAAGCAUUCACAAUACUUCAGCAGGUGACGGGUCCUAUGCACCGUGAGGUUGCCAAUUGUUGUCGCUACCUUGCUAUGGUUCUGUAUCAUGCUGGAGAUAUGGCUGGCGCUAUAAUGCAACAGCACAAGGAACUUAUCAUAAAUGAAAGAUGCCUUGGACUGGACCACCCUGACACUGCGCACAGUUACGGAAAUAUGGCCCUUUUCUACCAUGGUCUUAACCAAACAGAACUUGCAUUGAGGCACAUGUCACGGGCCUUGCUUCUGCUUGGUUUGUCAUCAGGUCCUGAUCAUCCGGAUGUUGCUGCAACAUUUAUAAAUGUUGCAAUGAUGUACCAAGAUAUAGGAAAGAUGGAUACAGCACUUCGUUAUCUUCAAGAAGCAUUGAAAAAGAAUGAACGGUUGCUCGGGGAGGAACAUAUUCAGACUGCUGUUUGUUAUCAUGCUCUGGCAAUUGCAUUCAAUUGUAUGGGUGCUUUCAAGCUCUCACACCAGCAUGAAAAGAAAACUUAUGACAUACUAGCCAAACAGCUCGGAGAGGAGGAUUCAAGGACACGUGAUUCUCAGAACUGGAUGAAAACUUUUAAGAUGCGUGAGAUACAGAUGAAUGCGCAAAAGCAGAAAGGUCAAUCUCUGAAUGUGGCUUCUGCACAGAAGGCUUAUGAUAUUUUGAAGGCUCAUCCUAGCCUGCUACACGCAUUUCAAGCUGCUGCUGGAGGUGCUGGUGUUGGUGGCAUUAACCAAUCAUUAAGUUCUGCAGUACUUGGUGAUGGGCUUCCUCGAGGAAGAGGAGUUGAUGAAAGAGCUGCACGAGCUGCUGCUGAAGUAAGGAAAAAAGCUGCAGCAAGGGGUCUUCUGGUACGUCCCAGUGGUGUUCCUGCAGCGACUUUACCCCCUCUUACCCAGCUACUCAAUGUAAUAAACUCUGGCGCCGCGCCUGAUGCUGCAAAAUCUAAUGAAACUAAUGAAGAAAAGAAAGAAGCGAAUGGUAAUUCUUCUGAUGGACCUGGAGGAGAUGCCCAAGCAGAUCAUUCCAAAACACCAGGACAAGAUCAAACUCCUGUUGGUUUAGGAACAGGUUUGGCGGGGUUGGAUGCCAAGAAACAAAAAUCAAAAGGGAAAUCUGCAUCUUGAAACAUAGAAUGCUGAAUUUACUAACAAACAUGACAAUGGCCAGUUCGAGCAUUAUUAUGGAUUUUAGCCAACGGCAAGCUCAUGCUGCAGGUACUCAUCGUGUGGGCAAUUGCUUAUACUUGUAUUCUAUUCUUGCAAUAAUACUCUCAAGGAGAUUUAAGUAUUCGAGAUACAGUUCCUUUCAUCUUGAUUGUUGCUACUGAGAUUACGUAGCUUGUAGGCCUAGUUUGAGAAAAUAGGUUUAGUAGGCGCAUUAUUUUGGUGUUCGUUCUAAAUAAUAUUAUGUAGGGAGGUUGAUUCUCUGUUUGGUGCAUUGAUGUCAUCCUGAAAAUUUUGACAUCAAUCCCCCCACCUUAUGUAUACCCAUUUCGUUGCGGUUGAAUAUGUGUAAUGAUCUGGUGAGUGAAAGUGCUCUUUCGUGGACAACUUUUUUUAUUUCUGGUUAAAAGUUAUCGUUCUAUUUGUCA